AUGGCUACUCCUUCGAAAGCUGAGUUCUACUCCUCGAUAACGACCUUUCUGCAGUGUCUCAACUUGACCACGAAAUUUGAGGGUCAAGUCCCGAACGAGUUCCAGGUAAUAACCCAUGCAAUGGAUAAUGAUGGAGCUUUUAUUCGAUACACGUACAAUCCGUCCGAGAAAAAUUUGACGUAAGUGGGACGCGCAGACAUGGCAACCGGCCCGUUCGGGCCGGGCCGGGCUUUGGAAAUUUUGAAAACGGGCCGGGCCUACAUUUCAUCGGGCCGGGCUCCGGGCUCGACGUUUUUUUUCGGGCCCAGGCUUCGGGCCCAAGGGUGCCAAAAAAAGCCCGAGGCCCGGUGGAAAAAAAAAUUUUUUUUUGUCUUGAAACGAAAAAUUGGGAUGCCAAUUUCGUAUUUUGGCAUUGUGUUACAGGUUGAAUUUUUAGCUCUGAGAAGGUGCACGGCUUGCCCAAAUGGAGAAAAAAACGUCCAAAGAGGAAUUAGCGACAUUUUAUACGAUGAAACAUUUCUAAUCUUAUUUUGUGUCAGAAUGAAAGCAGAACUGUCGAUAUUGAUAGGAAUUGGUAGAAAACCCAUUUUACAUCAACGCGCACAUACCACAAAAAAUCAUUACCACAAAAAUAUCAUUUUUGGACAUUAAAUUUAAUGAAUUUUGGUAAACAUGGAUACUACGUGGAUGUUGCCUUAAAGCGAUGCUUCAGAAUAGGUUUUGGUUGAUUAUAAUAGUACACAAACUUUGUUCAUCAACGGCCACUCCGACUUACUUACGCGCGAAUACUAUACUUGCCACGAGCCAAGGGGUUAAAUCUCAUGACUUUGCCUGUGAAAUCUCACAAAAUCUAUCAAAAAGCUUAAACAUUGCAACGAGUAUGUGUGUCAUUAUUAGUACUUAUCGUAAUCUUCUAUUUCGAAGCAAACCGAGCCUUGUCCCCCAUCAAAUAUUUUCGAUAUUGAUGUAUGUGUGAACUGUAUCAAUUAUCGGGGGUAACUCAAUAUUUUUGAAUGAUGCAAUGUUGAAAGUUGUCUUCAAUCGAAAAGACUAGCUAAUAAGUGUCAUAUACACCCUGCAUUACCUUACACUAAGGCUUAUUUUAUAUAAUUUACGAAAUUUGUAAUUUCCAGAUAUUGAGCUUGCCUAGUGGGAAACGUUGAACAUGGUCAAAACCUCGGUUUAGAAAGCUGAAAUUUAGACCAUAUAGGCAUCAGGCGGUUUUCUGUGGAGUUGUAGAUGCAUUUUUCAAAAAUCAGACAUCUUAGCUUGUUGUGGCAAGUCACAUUACAUACCUAUUAUCAUCAAUAUUUACUUUUGAUAAAAUUGGAUUAAGACGAGUCCAAUAAGCACCCAUAAGCAUGUUUUGAUGUUUUUAGAACUAGGAAAUUGUUAAUCGACCUUCUUCCCCUCACGGGGGAUCGCAAAACGAUAGAAUUAAAAAGUACAAAAUUUCACCUUAAAUCAAUGGGAAACGUUGAAGUGUGUCAAAAAAUUGUCCUAGAGGUCUGAAAAUUUGCGUAUACACCGUUCAAUAGGUUUGUUGUGGAAUUGUAGAUGUUUUUAAAAAAAUUCUAUUAUUUGCCUAUGUUAUGGGAUAUUGUACAUGGGGACCUGUUUGUCACUUUUUUACAAAUUUCAACAUAACUUUUGUUUUCUCAUUCCUGAAGCUGUAAAGAGUAUCUAGCCUACUAAUAGACUAACAACUGUGUUAAUUAACACAAAGAAACCAACAAAUUUAUGGUUUUUCAAAGAGAACUGGGGCUCCACAAGUAGGCAAUGCUCCAUUUGCAGUGGGAAACGUUGAAGUACCCCAAAAAAUUGUCCAAUUUGGACGAAACUUUUUUUGGAGCAUCAUCUGCAACAUUCCCAUGGAAUUAUAGAUGGAAUUUUGUUCACUUCGCUUCUUCGAAUGUAUACAUGUUGUACAAGAUACAUCAAAAUUGCUGAUAUUGAGGGGCCCAGAUUUCCCGAUUCAGAAAUGGCAACGAUAUGAAUGAUAGCUUAAAUAGAUGACAGACAUUCAAAGAAAAUAUUUAUCAAGAUUGUUUUAUGUGAUAAUAAGCGCUUUGUACUUUUUGAGCAUCAACUUUAAGGGGCACUUCUCAGCAAUUUUUAAAGGAUAGGGCGCGAGCUGCGAAGGCCGUGUCCGUUUUUUUCUCCGAUUUUAGUCUAUUUGGGCAACCGUGGGUUAUAAACGUUUUUUUUUAAAUUCAAAGAAACAACUUGUCAGUUUCGAGUGGCCCACCCUGUAGUAAGUAGGUGACCCUAAUUUUGUGGAGUUUUUUAGUUCGAGAGUGAGGUAUUUUGCUGCGUUUUUGAUACUUCCCGGACGCAAAAUGGUACGUUUUUUGCCACCGUAUCAGGUCCGCCACUUUGCUUCGCUGGAAGAUUAGGAAGUGAAGUUCUGAGGGAUUACAUGUGACGCAUUUAGUGUGCGAGCGAUGAACUUGAGAAAGAUUUAUCAACAUCAAAUUUUACUUUCAGUCACGAGAAGUUGGACUUGGUUGACAAAAAGACAGGCCUGGAAAGUUACCGCAUUCACUUGUCGCUGGAAGAAGACGAGCUUAUCACCGCAGUUUCUGGAUCCAAGGAUGAUAUGUAGGGCUUUAUUUUGACAAUAUUUUUUUGUAGGCAAUGUCUGGUGUUUGAUAAGAAAACUAAAAAUGUACAUUUUUUUAGUACCAUGCAGAUUUUUACAACAAGAAAGGGAACAGGGGGGGGGGGGGGGCAAGGCAGAGAGUCGACCUCUGCACGCCUCUGAGGUGACUCAUCUGUGACUUUGCAGGCUCUGCCCCGUAUUCAACAAAGUUUUCGAGCGAAGGUACUGCGCGGAAAAAACAUUUUACGAAAUUUUGGGGCCUGAUUUGGUGAGGGUUGGGUGUGAGGACACACCUGUUUUGCCGUUCAAAUUGAACGGAACCCAUCUUGCCGGGUACUUACCCGAAAUCCUGGACCAGUACAACUGCUCGAGCAAGCUAGCAGUGUUUGGAGACAAGAUUGUCUUCAAAAAUCAGGGAGAGGACGUCUGCAAAGAAAUAGAUUGGGCUGCGGAUCGCGUUUGGAAACCGUCGGAAUGCGCAAAGGACGAUAAAUUCAAGUUGAAUUCAAAGAACUUCCUACUUUUUCCAUUAGUAAGUGAAAAAAAAUUGUGGUAAAAGUUCCUUAUUUUGGCCAGAACUUGUAACUUUGCGGAAACUGGUCGGAAUUAGCCCAAAUUUAGCGUGCACGCUCAAUUCUUCGUUGUCAAUGCCCGGACAGUGGAUUUAGUUAGUGAGGUACCUUCCUUUUUACGUACCACCUUACCCUUCAAAAACGGCUGCAGCCUGUGAUUUUACACGUUAUACGAUGAAACAUGUCCGGAACUAAACUUAUUGCCUCCAUGUGGAACUAAAUGAGCCGUCACAGCCUUCGUAUGUACCCUUAAAACUAUAGAGCUAUUAUAGUAAUUCAGUGCCUGCUAGGUCGAAGCGUUUUUUCCUAACAUUAGUGCCCAAGCUUGGGCGCAGUUCGCGGAGUACCUUUGUUGUGGCCAAAAUAAGGAACUUUUUCCAAAAUUGUUUUUGUUUUACAUGUUUGUAAUCUAAUUCUUGUUUUCAGAAUUACAUUCUUAUUAAAUUUUCGGUGGAAAGAUGUAAGCAACCUGAUCCUGAGGUAACCGAGUAUUUGAACAACACCUACAUCAAUUACCUCUACAAUCCGAACAGAAGAUCGUGAGUGAGUCUUCCCUUUCUGUGAUUUAUUUUUUUUAGAUCUUCUGAGGAUGUCACGGUCCAAGAUGAACCCAAGACAAAUUGGGCGAUGAUAGGAGGAGGUAUUGGUGGAGCGCUGGUGUUCCUCUUACUGCUGAUAGGACUGACCGUUUUUCUCAUUCGACGACACAAGGACAAGAAAGGAGGACCGCACGUCAAUCCAAAAUAG